AGUAACAACUGGUUCGUAUCGUAUCAGUAGGUUACGUUACAGAGCUAUCGUUGUACUGAUUUAUUAGAAUAUCUGCAUUAGAGCUUUUCAACCGGCUAUUCGUACCAUGGCGGUGGAAUUGCCACAAUUAGUUGUGCGUGGAGCGAAUGGUUUGAGUUUGUUAAAAUGGAAAACGGACGGAACAUCUGAAGAAAAUAAAAUUUGUGACCAAAAAUGUCGGACCACAAAGUUUUCUAACGAUGGAAAGUUGUUUGCGUGGUGUGACAUGAAACAAGUUCACAUAAUGGAGAUGGGUAGUGGAAAUAUUCUAUCAAGUAUCAACCAACCGCGAACAUUCGCAAUGUAUUUCUCCCCAGAUGCUAAACUACUGUGUACAUGGGAACAAUAUGCUGUAACGAAAGACACACCUGCCGGCACACCUAACUUCAACAUAUGGAACGUAUCAGAUGGUUCGUGCGUACAUAACUCGAUACAAAAGAAAGUGAACGGUUGGAGACCUGACUGGCUUCCUGGGACAACUAUAUGUGGGAAACUGACGGGACAAUCAGUCCAGUUUUAUGAGGACAAUGAUUUCAAAACCGCGAAACACAGACUGAGUAUUGAAAAGCUCGAAGUAUUUGAAGUUUCCCCAAAUAUUAAACCCCCACAUAGAGUAGCUUGCUUUGUACGUGGGGCACGAGGUGGACCGGCCUCUGUGAAGAUAUUCCAAUACCCCAAGUUCACCACAGGUGAUGUGGUCGCUAACAAAAGCUUUUUCAAAGCAGACACAGUCUCCAUCAAAUGGAACAAGCGCGGCACAGAGUUGUUGGUGACGGCUGCUGUUGAUGUCGAUACUACAGGGGAAUCGUAUUAUGGAGAACAAUCGCUACAUUUCAUGUCUUGUACCGGGGAAACAUCUAUUGUACAACUUUCCAAGAAAGGUCCCAUAUACGACUCAGCAUGGUCACCAUUAUCCAACCAGUUCUGUGUGGUGUUUGGGUUCAUGCCAGCCAAGGCUUGCUUGUUUAGCAACAAGUGUAACAAAACCUUUGAGUUUGGUUCUACACCAAAGAAUGAGUGUUACUAUAAUCCACAUGGAAACCUGUUAAUACUGGCUGGCUUCGGCAACUUGCGCGGCAACAUCGAAGUUUGGGAUUGCUGUCGGCACUCCCAGGUUUCCCAAUUCACGGCACCGGACACCACAUGCUUGGAGUGGUGUGGUGAUGGUUGUCACUUCGUUACCGCCACCACUUCACCAAGGCUAAGGGUUAAUAAUGGUUACAAGUUGUGGCAUUAUGAAGGUGGCCUUUUGCAAACAAUCAACUUCCAAAACGAGUUAAACGACGUACAAUGGCGACCAGUGCCAACUGGAACAUAUACGGCACCUUUAGUUAAGCUGGUAACCAGUAAGAAUCUAUCCAACAUGAUAUCUGCGUCCAAACCAGCGAGUUACGUUCCCCCACACGCGAGAGGAAAGUCAUCUAAAGCUGCUGAGAAGUUCAAGCUGGAUGAGGAUGAACCAAUAAUCCAGGAACCUCUUUCUAAAUCUGCCCAGAAGAAUAAAAAGAAGAGAGAAGGAAAGAAGAAUAAAACCCCAACUAAUUCAAGUCUAAGUUCCGAGCAGCAAGAUGUCAUACAGAUGGCUAAGUAUCUGCUGAAUGAUGAAGCUGCUCAACCAACACAACCAACACAACUUGCUGGUGAAGAUAAGAAAAUCAAGUCAUUGCGAAAGAAACUCCAGGCAGUGGAAAAACUUAAAAAACAACAAAGUGAAGGAAAACAACUAGAAAAAAAUCAGAUUGAAAAAUUAAACACGGAAGAUUCUAUAAUUGAAGAACUUAAGAAACUGGGGGUUUCAGUUUAAAUGUUAAUGUUCCAGAACGAAUAUUUAUUUGUAUUAAGUGCCUGGUGUGUUGUUUAGGAAAUACAAUAAAGUUCUUCGUGCCAAGAU